AUAAACACUACACAAAUGUCCCAUUCAAACAAUUGUAGAAAUGACGUCAUUUUUGGUUAAGUACUCUUUAUGCACUUUACUGAAAAUCGCUCUCAGUUUCAAAAAGAUCAAGAUGAAAAAUAACAAAUGUGGUUAGAAUAAAACUUUUUUAACAUCAGUUAAAAACGUUUUAACAUGUUUUCUAAACAUUUUUAACAUCACUGUAAUCAUUUAAUUAUGCUAUCAUGCUAUGGGUGAUUUGUAAAUUUACUCUCAUGCUCGUAAGAUUUAUGUCUUUAGCUCCAUUUUAUACACUGGAUGUUGUGCAAUCCAAUUUAUUUAAAGAUAGAGAAUGUAAAUGCAACAAAUUUAAUUUUAGCUGGUCACAACCGUAAUCUCCCUAGAUACUAGGACAGAAUAAGACACCUAUUACAAAAAUAAAAGUCUUUUUUUUUCCUGACUUGACAACUGCGCAUGACUCCUGCAAGUUUCAGGCUGCCAUUUCCGGUUUCAUGCGGCCUGUUUAUUACCAGGGGGAAAUAUAUGUUUAGCGAAUACGAGAAUAACCAGGAGAAACAACUAUUGUAAGUAGUUGUGUGAAUUUUGUAAUUAUUUAUAUCACUUUUAUUGUAACUCAGUUUGAUUUGAAAAUGCUAUUAUUGGUGUAUUUAUGCGUUAACUGUACGUAUCCACUUCGCCGCCCCCCACCAAAAAAUGGUUCCUUCCGAAGAUGACGUAUUUCCCCCAUGACUUAGGUAACGUCUUUUGCUAGGAAAACAACAGGCGCGUGAGGUUUAUGGAACGCAAACGCAAAUAAUUGUGUUUGUUUUAGGUUUGAGAUUUGAAAUCGCGUUCGAUUACAAACAGAGUUAGGAUCAGGGUGUGUGUUUCGCCCGCUGUGUGAGCCGUGCAGAGGAAACAUUAGCCACUCGGCUCGCUCAUUCAUUCAGCACGCGCAGCACGCUUGGAGGCGCGAGGGGGAGGCAGCCUGAGACCAGCGACCGCUAACAAAGGAAGAGCAGAACGGGGCCGAGCUGCUGUCGGCUCGCGUGUUUUCUUCUGAGCUAACUUUCACUUCACUGCAGAAUAACAUCGAGUUCUCACAGACAAGAGCAGAGAUGGCCGACAUGUACAUUCGCGUGGCUGAGGAGGAGAAUGAAGAGCCGAUGGAGAUUCCCUCGGAAGACGACGGCACGGUGCUGUUGUCCACGGUGGCGGCGCAGUUCCCGGGCGCGUGCGGCCUGCGCUACCGGAGCCCUAUUUCUCAGUGCAUGCGCGGUGUGCGCCUGGUGGACGGAGUGCUGCACGCGCCGGAAAACGGCUGGGGCAACCUCGUCUACGUCGUCAAUUACCCAAAAGAAUCGGCAGACAACAAGCGCAAAAUGGAUGAGAUAGAUGCUUCGUCUGCAAAGAUCAAGAGAGGAGACCAGAAGACCUCAGAUCUGAUUGUGUUGGGCUUGCCAUGGAAAACUACAGAACAGGACCUGAAAGAGUACUUCAGUACCUUCGGCGAUGUAAUCAUGGUGCAGGUGAAACGAGAUGCAAAGACUGGAAAUUCGAAAGGCUUUGGCUUUGUUAGAUUUGCUGACUGGGAGACCCAGGGUAAAGUGAUUACCCAGCGGCACAUGAUCGAUGGGAGAUGGUGUGACUGCAAACUGCCCAAUUCUAAGCAAGGUCCUGACGAGCCAAUGAGGAGCAGGAAGGUGUUUGUUGGCCGUUGCACUGAGGACAUGACUUCUGAUGAUCUGCGCCAGUUCUUCAUGCAGUAUGGCGAGGUCACGGAUGUCUUCAUCCCCAAGCCUUUCCGAGCUUUCGCUUUUGUUACGUUUGCUGAUGACCAGAUUGCCGCUUCCCUGUGUGGAGAGGAUCUAAUCAUCAAGGGAGUGAGUGUUCAUAUAUCCAACGCUGAACCCAAGCACAGUGGCAGAGGGCACAUGAUGGAUCGGGUCCGCUACGGAAAUGGUUUCGGCGCGCAGGCUUUUGGGAGCAGCCGCAGCAGCUCCAGCAGCCUGGGAAACUUCAGCAACUUCAACCUGAACCCGGCCAUGAUGGCCGCCGCUCAGGCUGCCCUGCAGAGUAGCUGGGGAAUGAUGGGAAUGUUGGCGCAGCAGGGUCAGUCAGCUACGUCUGGCUCAAGCGCGAGCGGCGCUAGCUCCGCUCGAGACCAGACGCAGUACAGCACAGGAAACAGCAACUACAGCAGCAGCUCAGCUGCACUCGGCUGGGGCGCAGGCUCUAACGCCGCUAGCAGCGGAAGUGGGUUUAACUCGAGCUUCGGCUCCAGUAUGGAGUCGAAGUCUACGGGGUGGGGGAUGUAAGUGGUGGGGUUUGUUUUUGAAGUGUUGAUAUUUUUAGUGUGUGUUUGGUAAGUAUUUUCUGAGAGACUUAACUCUUUUUGUGCAUUGCGGGAGUGGGAGCAGGAGCAAAUGGGGAGUUUGGGGAGACCAGAAUGUUUUUCUACAUUUGAACAAGAUAUUAAAUGAGAUUAAAGUUUAAAACAGGUAGUGUUACACAAACAUCAUCUUUGUAAUUUACUUUUCCCCCCUCUUUAUGCUGUAUUGGUUAAUUUGGGGUAGGGAGAAAAUGUUUCAACUGGAUUCUUAAAAAUGCAUGCAGUUUAAUCUGUGGUCACAGAAAGCUUGUUUUUAAAGUCUUGCAUUGGGAAGAAUCUGGUUGAAACUUGAGUCUUUUAAGUACAUGUUUUAUUUGCAGCAAGAUAAGUUUAAAAAGCCUUCAUCGAAAUCUCUUCUGCAGUUGCCAUCUGUGGGUUUUGCCUGAGAAGAAGGCCCUCUGUGGCAGCACUGUGCGGCUGAGAUCAUAAUCCCAUCUUCCUCAUGUCUAAAAGCUCUCCUCGCUCGGCUCGCUGACACGGUGGGUGUCCUUUUUUUUUUUUUUUUUUUUUUUUAAGUCAGCAUAUUUUUCUGAUUUCACAAGAACUGUACAGAAAAAGUGAACAUUUUUAACAACUGUUGAGUGCGCUUGGUGGUGGCGAAGAGUGAGCGAACGGAGAGAAAGGAAGGCAUGGAAGCGAGCGAGCGAAAAAAGACUGAUGCGAGUGCGAUGAAAGAGCUAAAAUGUGACUGAGUGGCUUUGUGAGCGCGUGAAUGAGAGCUUGUUUUCACAUCCCAGCCUCACCUAUACACAACCCAGAACAGAUGGACAAUUAGUUUACCUGUACCUGAAGGAUCACAUUUUCCCUCCUAGGCUUCCCAUUUUGCUUUUCUCCUAUCAUAUACUGACAAUGUGUUUAAAUAGCUAGUGGAAUGUUGUGAUGAGUAUUUUUUUUUUGUCUUGCUUCUAUAAAACUGAUCUGAAUGCUG